AUGAUCGGUUACCUGGUUAACUCUUUCCUGCCUCGCUUUGGCGAAGUGGCCAAGUGUACCGUACUAGCCAAGUAUGAACGUGUGCCGGCAGAUAAGAUGGUGGGGACGAUUGUUGCAGAGCGGGCAUUUGAUGUGGUCUGCCUGCUGGUGAUCAUCCUGUUUAGUGUGGGGUUGCAGUUUGGCAUCAUCGGUGAUUUUGCGAUGGAAGAGUUUGAAAAAUUAAGGGCUGCCAAAGGCAAUGUUUUACUAUUUGCGGCUAUAGGUCUGGUGGUGAUCAUAUUGGCUGUAGCCCUGUUGUACAAACGCAUUAAAAAAACCAAAAUCGGGCAUAUUAUCAAAGGCAUUACGGAUGGUGUACGGUCUAUCAUGCUGUUGAAGCGCCGGGGCCUGUUCUUAUUAUACACCGUAGGUAUCUGGGGCAGUUACCUGGGUAUGUUGCUGCUGGGUUUUGCCUGUAUGCCGGCUACAGAACAUCUUGGUCCGCUAGCCGGGCUAACCGUACUGGCGUUUGGCUCCAUAGGUAUGAUCAUUACACCAGGUGGCAUCGCUGCUUAUCCACCGAUCGUAGCGGCCAUUCUGGAACUAUAUGGUAUCAACCUGCAACAGGGCAUCGCUUUUGGCUGGGUUGCCUGGGCGGCACAAACAGCGGUGUUGAUCAUAUUGGGGAUUAUUGCGCUUAUUCUUUUACCGAUUUAUAAUAGAAACAGACAACAUGCACAAAGAGCAGUGGAUACAACAGAAGAUAUAUAA